AUGAAAGUGAAGGAGACGCUGUGUACGAUCGUUGCAAACACGCCGGGUGUGCAAAAUGUAUGGCUCACCGACAAGGACGGCGUGCCGAUCGUCGGCACAGGCGAAGAUCAUCGGGUUCGUACGGCAGUGAUCGAGGCACACGUGGGCGCUUUUGAACAGAUCCAGAAGCUUGAAACUGGCUCUCACCGAUCGUCGAUCUAUUACUUCGAGCACAGCCAAAUCAUCAUCCUUCAGCAACCACCAGUGGUCAUCUACAUUGUUGCAGAUGGAGACGCUAAUACCGGAUUUGUUUUGCGGCUGCGUGAGAAAUUGGAUCCUAUCAUCACCGAAAUCCGACAGCUAUUCCCUCAACUACCAGUGCUC